AUGAGCUCGAACGACGAGCUCCGAGCCGCGGCCGACAGGUGGCGCUCGACUGCCGUCGCUGGUGUCGCCCCAUGCGCUCUUUUUAUGUCGCAUUCGCCACGUGACGCUCGCCGUCGAGAGCGGCACGUACGUGGCUCUGGGCCUUCGCUUGCGUGUCCGUCGCUGGCCUCUGAGAGCUCGUCGUUGUGUGCGCCGUGGAGUGGCUAUCCAGGACAGUGCGGCUGCUUUGACGGUGGUCGAGGACGCUGCAACGUCUCACCGUACCGCCUCGUGUUUGUGUCGGACCGAGCACGGGCGACCAGCGCGUACCAGCGCUUUUCUUUGCCGCUGUACGGUAUCCGCGACUGGCGCUUCGACUCGAUCUUCUUUGGUACAGCCGAUAGUGCUGAUUUUGAAGAGUUUUGCAUACACGUGGUGCCGUUGCUAGAAGUCUCGAGAGACUUGCAUCGCCAGUUUUGUGGCCUUACGACUCGAUCUGUGCUGAUGGCACCAGGGAAGUCAGACGGACAAGAAGAAUGCCCGCCACAAGUUGCUACUGUACGACUCGCGGCAACUACCACGAGCCGUCGUUUCGAUCGAUCGCCACGUCGACGUACUCGAUGGCGGCGGAGUCUGUUGAGACUUGUAUAUCCAUCCGCAAGUACGAGUAUCGAGCAGUGCAUGUUCCACGUGUUUCACUUUGGCACGGCGGCUACGGGUGUUGUCUGGCUAUACUACUUCACGACGGUGUACGCGCAGCAGUACCUUGGGACCACGCGCGGUCGACGCUAUCGUGUAACACACACGUUGCCAGCUAGUGAGACGGACGGGUGUUUCAGCUCGACGGUCAACGUUGACGCAGACGCGGGCGAUGGAUACUGUAUCGGGAACGUGCCGUUUACGUCGUGGGUCAUGUACGCCAUGAUGAUUUUCAGCGAGUUUCUCAGUUUCGUUGUGGGACUGCUGUUCAAUUUCAGUAUGUGGCGUUCGAUUUGUCGUGGUGCGCGGUACAUGGACGACUUCGAGCUGCCCACUCCCAGGGAACAGUGGCCGAUGGUCGACAUCUUGUUGUGUCACUACGUGGAACCGGUCACGGGUUCGAUGCAGACACUGAAGAACUAUCUUUCGCCGCAGUAUGCGCCCGAGCUCCUCGACAUGUCUGUGCUGGAUGUUGGUUACUAUAAUGGGCCUGAGCAAGACGACGAAAGCUUGAAGACGUGGCUUCGCCAGCACAGCUCUGUCCGUGAACUCCGCAAAGAGGGUGGCAAGGGUGCGCAGCGUCGUGAUUGUUCUGUCGGCUCGCUUUCGGACUACUUCGACUUCCGUGAGCGCGGUAUUCUGAGUGUGACUUUCAUUGGACGAAUGAUGCCCGAUACGCCCCACUCAAGGCUCGAAAACAUAACCAAUUGCUUGUUCAACGAAGGUGCUGACGGCACGUAUGUGCUGAUUCUGGAUAACGACAUGAAGCCGUAUCCGAAGCUUUUUCUUGCGGUGCUUUCGUUCUUCUUCUCGGAAGGCGAGGCCGUCGACGGUGGAGGUCUUCAGUGCAGCGACGAUAUUUCGUGGACCCACGUGUUCGUGGCCGUGAUGGUUUCGACUCGGCAGCUUUUGCCGGCUCGAAUGCUGUGUUCUGUCGCCGAGCCUUCGACUCGAUUGGUGGUAUUCAGUACGAAGAAGCGUUGGGUGAAUGGUGGUGCGCAGAUUCUGCUGAUGCAAAAUGGACGCGAAGUCGACCUGUACUGGCGUCUGCCGCGCGUGCCUGCCCCGGACCCGAAACCGUCCCUUGUGUUCCCGCGCAAGAUGUUUUCUACGACUCGUCGUCAACAUCAACGUGUGGCGUAUGCAGCAGGCAUGGCUUUCGUUGUCGUUCAUUACGAUGAUGACAAUUUUGAGGCCCUCCAGGCGCGCGUGGCGGGGAAGGACAAGUCAAGGGCAAACACGGGUGCUGGUCAGAAGACGUCGUGGAUAGAUAUCACGGACGUGCUUUUAUCCUUCACGCUGCUGUUCAGUCAGCUAGUGGCACUCAUUCGUUUCGUUGAGUACGCGAUCGCGGCGAAUCCGUGGAACUACGUGUCUGCCAUGUUCUGUGGCAUUUUCGUCAUGAGCCAGUUGUACCCCAUGGUCAAGAAGAGUGUUCCCGAGUCCAGCAGCUGGGACCAUACUGCUGCCACCUUUACGGCGAACGCGUUUGGCUCGUUGCUCGUGGUCUACAGUGUGGUCUUCGUGCAGCUAUGGUAA